AUGGCAAGUUGGGAAGGCCACUGCUCCGUCUCCCUCGUGGUGGACUUUCCGACUGGGCCAUAUUCGACUCUCUUCUCCUUGAAGUCAACCCAUGUGCCCAACCCGAAAGACUUUCCUCUUAGCGUCUUCUGUCUCAUUUUGGAACGCAGAAGCCGCGUUGGCAAGUACAAGGGCUGCGUUGUCUCCGGAUACAAGCACGGCAAGAAUGCCAAGCGGAAGAUUCGACAGAUGCAGGCAAGCAAAGAUUUCGCGAUCAAGAAGCUGCCGUUUGAGCGGCUGGUUGACGACGUUGUCAAGGAUGUGGUUUGGUACAAGAAUGCCGAGCGCCAGCCAGGGGGAAGGCUCCCCACGAAGUGCCGAAAGUGUCGGCCGAGGCGCUGGCGUGUUGCAGGAGAUUGGGUGUGCACAACGCCUGCCUGCCUCGCCUACCCUGUCGGCACACGUGGGCGAGUGAGCAAGAUUUUGGAGAACGGGAACGUCCAGAUCAUUCUUGAGGAGUCUCAGAAGAUGGUCGCGCUGGAAGACUGGCAAGUAGAGGCCACCGUUUUUUUCUCAGUGGGGGAGGGGGGUGGUGAGGAGGCUUGUUUUGGAAGUCAGGCAGACAAGAAGGAAGCCGAGCCUCGGAAGGUUCGAAAGCUGAUGGUGAAGGCGAAGGCCUCGCCGGCACCGAGCUUGAACACCUUUGAGGACGCGAUACCUUCUCACUCCUAA